AUGUGGCGGCGAGCUAUGACGUCACAGACACGUCAGCAACCUGUCACCCGGAUCUCUCGCGGACGAAGACGCUCGAGAGUAGAGGCGGAGGGUCCGGUAGCUGGCGAAACGGUGACAGCAACAGGAGUGACAGCAACAGGAGUGACAACAACAGGACUGACAACAACAGGAGUGACAACAACAGGACUGACAGCAACAGGAGUGACAACAACAGGAGUGACAACAACAGGACUGACAACAACAGGAGUGACAGCAACAGGAGUGACAGCAACAGGAGUGACAAUAACAGGAGUGACAACAACAGGAGUGACAACAACAGGAGUGACAACAACAGGAGUGACAACAACAGGAGUGACAACAACAAAGAGUGACAACAACAGGAGUGACAGCAACAGGACUGACAACAACAGGAGUAACAUCAACAGGAGUGACAACAACAGGAGUGACAACAACAGGAGUGACAGCAACAGGAGUGACAACAACAGGACUGACAACAACAGGAGUAACAUCAACAGGAGUGACAACAACAGGAGUGACAACAACAGGAGUGACAGCAACAGGAGUGACAACAACAGGACUGACAACAACAGGAGUGCCAACAACAGGAGUGACAACAACAGGAGUGACAACAACAGGAGUAACAUCAACAGGAGUGACAACAACAGGAGUGACAACAACAGGAGUGACAACAACAGGAGUGACAACAACAGGAGUGACAACAGCAGGAGUGACAACAACAGGAGUGACAACAGCAGGAGUGACAACAACAGGAGUGACAACAGCUUGCUGAACGCCCGAGCUAACCGGCAGAUGUUGCAAGAGCUGACGCCUAUGCACAAGCUGACAGCUCCUGACACACCCAGCUCUCGUUCUGCCACCAGGAGCGAUGACGCGACUGACGGUCCGAUUGGAGAGGCACACUGUUCUUCAGUACCUUCACCUAUUAUAACACAAGUGUUUGUAGGUCGGACUAAUAUCACUCCACGAGCAGUCAGACACAAUCCAUACAGUCAUCUAGGCAUUCAAAGUCAACCUUGCAAGGUGUAUGUGAGGAUGAAACACAGGUAA